UGAGGAUAUCCUUUCCCGGAAAUUCGGAUCUCCCUGGGAGACAAGACAUUUUUCCGACAGACGUCCCCCACAUAUCUCCGAGUGGCCACGGUUUGGAGUUCCCACAAAUAUCCGUCGUUUGUCCUCGCAGGAUGUUACACGGAGAUGGCGGGACGUUGCACGGACUUACAUGCAUAUCCCUUGCAAGGUCAAGUGAAGUACGUAACUACAAAGCAUGAAGCAGGCAUCAUAUGGAAUUUGAGACAAGACUGCUUCCGCCACACUUGUGACGUCACGUCUCACCCCUAACGAUGACGGAUCAUUGGGUGCCUUGAAAGUCACGUGGCACGUUGCAGGAGGGCCAUUGGUCCGACGUGGCGAUCGUAUCGAAAGUGAUCGACGGAACUAGGAAACAAUGAGCGCGGGGACCAAGGACUGACAACGGUGAUCCGCAGGGUACGGGGACAAAUAUCACGUGAUGUCCAACAAAGCAUGCAUUCGUUGAGCCAUUCGACGACACUUUUCAUCCAAUCAAGGGCACCCAGGGAACUGCGGCGCUUGUACACUGGUAUAACGACGUAAAUAAGAUACCGUGCUCGUACUCUGCUACCUGAGCUGCCCAGGACCUUGUCCUGUUUCCUUGCCCUGUUGUAAGGAAUUUCUCGCUUCAUCUCCAAAGGCAUGGCUUCGACACCUGAAUUUGAUCUCAACAUGGAAAGGUCGCCACAGUGGGAAGACCUCAGGAAGGAAAUGCACGAAGCCAUUGUGGCGAAAGAUGAGGCCCGUGUUCUAAAGUGCCUGGAUGCUGCACCUGAUUUGAAACUGUGGUUGGAUCCUGUCACAAAAAGGUCAGCUCGUUACAAAGCAGUCGAAGAGAAAGCCAUCCGUAUACAUGGCCUUUUAGUCUCGCGUGAAUGUGGACUCAAGAACACAGAAGAAUCUUUGUGUUACCAACAUCUCACACCCCUUGAACGAGCUGAGAUUCGUCGCCAACGAUAUUACACCACGGAAUGCGAGAGCUCUUACAUUGACUAUUUGAAAAGCAAAUCUGUGAGCGUCACCAGAUGUGAUGACUUCGGUGUACGAUUGGAGAAGAUGUUUGAGCAGCUCUCUGGUGAUGAAUUAAACCGGAUUAUUCUGAAAGUGGCUGCAAGAACACCGCACCUAGAAAUAAGGUUCGACUACAACAGUGAAAAUGUUCAAGGGACCACGGGAAGCUGCAACAGAGGUGACAUAGGCCUUACUUUCUGCAAAGAACAAAGAGUGUUCGUCGCGGGUCGUGCUGCAGAAGCCAAAGUCUGCGGAACACUUAUUCAUGAGUUAUGUCAUAUGGCACUUUACCUAGUGUACAGGAACGAUGGUAAGCCAUAUUACACCAAUGAUACGGAGAGCGAACAGCGAUACAAAGACAUUCUGAAUGACAUAAGACCAAGGCAGAGAGAACUGAACGUUCUCAUCCAACAAGCUUUUAUGGACACAAAUGAAGAAGAAGAGUUAAUUGUACGGAUUCCUCACGUUCUGGUUCAAUAUGGUUGCGAGGAAGGUAGUAGGGUUCUGGAACAGGAAGUUCCAAAACUGCUAAGGUUUUUCAAGGACCAUGUCAUCCCGGACAUGCGAGAAUACAUUAAGAGUGGAAUCCCCUCGGCAGACGCCGAAAGGAUCAAAGAAGAAAACGCCAGGCUCCAAAGAUCUUUCAACAUUGGCAAACUUAACAUCAAUUUCGAAAAGCCAUUAAAGACCAGUAUCUGGAAACAAGGGUCGCUUCACGUACUUACCGGUCCAGAGCUGAGCCUUCUCGAAAUAAUGGUUCACAACGCCGUGCAAUCUUCCGGCCAGCCAUACUUGUUUUUCGAAACAUCCCAGACGGACUGGACACAUGUGUUAGUGGACUACAAAUGUGCAUUUGUGCUCGUGACGGUCCGUCCUAACACAGACUUCGGACAGGGCCUCAGAUUUUUGAGUGAAGUGUCCCGUGUGACCGGAGCGAAAGUCAUCUUGCUUGUGGAAGACAGUGGCAAGGAUGACUUGUUGAAGCAAGUGGAAGAAGAAGCACAUUUUGACAAGAAACCUUUAGUGUCUAACGUCCAUGAAGCGAGUUUGGAGCAUGUCGCGAAGAGGUGCAAAACAGAAGUUUUCGAAAAAUCUGUCCUAAAACUUCAGGGCAAAUAUGUUUCUGGCUUUCCUAAAGUAAUGAAUAUCGACACCUUCUUACGUUGUGUAGACACUUGGGUUUUCCUAAAGCUAUGUGAAUCACUGGUCAUUGACGUGGGUCCUCUGCUUCAUGAACUAGAAGGAAGUGUUAAGAACUGUUAUGUGGAGCGAGUGUUUACAAGGGCCGUGGAAGUUGACCUGAAAAAGUGCAGAAUGGACGACGAGAAUGAGGCUUUCGCACUUCUGGGGUGUCCGCAUGAUUGUGUUGCAGAACUUGUACCUCAAGGUUAUGAGGCAAAACAUCAAGAUAAUUUGACGCGUUUUGAAAAGUUUGUGGUCCUUCAGGAGACAUGUGACUACGAAGCUCUCCUACGAAAUGAUAAUUACAGAGGGAAGGUAGUGCAUUUGCUAAGGCUAAACGAAUCCCGUAAUGGACUCUUGUGGACCAAAUCAAAUGGACGUCUCAGUCACCUUCCAAUGACGGGAAGUGGCGAUUAUACUACAGAGACGUUGCUGAACGUGCCUGGGAAGGUCGUCCUCGUGUCUGGCGCACCUGGUAUGGGAAAGAGUGUGCUGGCAUCGCGGUUGUGUACAGAGUUGAAAACUCAAGACAAGAAGCGGUGGGUGCUCUACGUCGACCUUCCUCAGAGAAUGGCAUUAGUGAAAACUGCGUCGCCUAGUCUGGGAUAUCUCGCGGAUCUGUGCCAAGUACGAAAUGAUGGUCUGGAGUUCGCUUUGUUCGAGGAAAGCUUGAAGAAUGGAAGCCCUUUCGAGGUCGUCGUCACGUUGGAUGGCUUCGAUGAAGUCAACGAGGAAUGCCGCAACUGUGUGCUGCAACUUGUAUCGUUUCUAGCCAACAGAAAAGUUUACAAGGUGUACCUGUUUUCUCGCACUGUGUUUAAAGCCCAUGCACAAGAUGCCUUGCACACAGUGUCAUAUGAUCUCGUUCCUUUUUCUGAUGAAAACCAGAAUGAAUUCCUCACAAAACAUAGGGCCCAAAGAGAAACUCUGGCCACCAGGAAUGACGGACUUGCGCAAAAAUUCCAGCAACUGUACGCGUCGUUGAAGGAGGAAAACGGAACAAUCCUGGAAACCCCUCUCCUACUUCGUAUGAUGGCUCAGAUGGAGAGCGGGGAAGUUACAAAGUCUGACGAUUACUCUUCGCUCCUUAAUGUUGCUGACAUUUGUGGCGGCAGGAUAUAUACUGUACACAUCUACAUGAUGUUUGUGGAGUACAAGCACCUUGUGCACCGAAAGGAAAAGGUGAAAGAAAACAUCUCCCUAUGUGCAGUGCGAGGGGACAACGAUACCGCGAAGUCUCCAUUCUACGCAAACCACGGUCUCCUCGCUAUGAAGUGUAUAUUUCCUCAGAAUGACUUGGAAGUCUUAUUGAAUGAAGAUGAACUAGAGCAGUUAGAUCCCGAAGGAAAAUUCAUCGAGGGCAUUGCGGACAAUUCUCUCAAAGAAGGUUUUGUGAAUAGAAUUAACGGAGGAAUUCCAGAGUUCGUUCACAAGACUUUCGCUGAAUUCUUCGCAGCUCACUACCUGUUGGAAAGGACAAGAGCCAGAAAAAGAUCGAGCUUUAGGAAAAAUGUCAUCGGACUGUACGGUAAAGAAGACUACGAGGCUGUAAUGCUGUUGUUCGAUGGACUGGCGUCGAUGUCCUAUCCACUUCACUCUGCCUUGAUAAACAACGACGCUUCAUAUUUUGAGCAACGUGAUAUCCAAACAGAAGACAUGCAUGUUGUCGAUGAACUCCAAAGGACUCCAUUGCACGUAGCUGUCCUGCAUGCUGAUAAAAAGACAUUGGACAAGCUUCCAAUGAAUGAUGAACUAAUCAAGGAUGAUUUGUUCAAAAUGUCACCAUUCAAGUACGUGGAACUCUUCUCCCCAUGGGAUGCAGAGUGGAUGACAGGGGUGAUAAAAUAUUUGAGGGAUAAGUCCUUUUUAACAAAUAUGCAGACGCAAUAUUUGUGGCCAAUAACUCGAGCUGUGACUCCAGCUGUGACUCGAGCUAUGGUUCCUGCUAUGACAGAGAAACUCAACGUAUUAUGCGCUCGAUGCAGUGAGGAAGCAGUGAAAUAUUCUACCGAAAAUCUGCGCAGAUGUGAAACCUUCGAGCUAAAGAGAAGUUUUCUAGAGCGGGCUAUAUUCACAGCUGUGAUAUACGACCUACCAGACAUUUUAGACGUGUGUCUGAGCUAUGUGUCCCAGAAAGAGAGUACCGUAAUCCUAGACAGAGACACCACGGACCAAUUAGAAUCACGCAAGAAACGAAGCUUGAGAUGUUCUGCAGAGCCUUCGCUAAUUGGAGACCUUGAUGGUAUCAGAGGCAAUGACAAUAGAACUGUGCCUUUUUACUCAAAGUCUGCGGUUGUUUGCAAAAUGCUCCUUCCUUACUGCGAUAUGAGAAUUCUUGACAAGGAUGGAAACACAAUGUUGCACAUUAGCGCGAUGUGUGGAAAUCUGGAGACAACACAGUUUUACCUCGCACAUUUAUCCGCUAACAAUAGAAAUAGAAAAUUUCAAACCCCUUUGCAUUUGAGUGAAGAUGCAGAGAUUGUGAAGCUACUUCUUCCUCUUUAUCCCUCAGUGAAUGUUCUCGAUUAUGAGCAACAAACUCCUAUGGAUAGAUGUGCAGAGAGAGAUGAUUUGGAGGCCAUCAAGUUGUUACUCCUUCGCACUCGGACAUAUGACACACAUCACAUGAGACUGAACACAACACUUCAUGUGGCUUCGGACUCUCUUUCCCUUAAAGCUGUGACGUUUCUUGUACCUCACACAAAUGCGCACACGCUCAACUACAAAGGAAAAACGUGCUUAGACGUUGCUUGGACAAGUGGGAAUCGGUUGAGUUUGGAGUCCAACGUUGUGAGAUGUCUCAUCCCACACUUGCUGUUGAACUCCCCUGAAACGUUGGGCUCAUCACCGUUGUACUUCUGGGCGGAAGGUGGUAGAAGGAAAGUGAUGCAAACUCUAUGGCCUUAUUUGCGACACACUGACCCUAGGCAUGCACAGAGGAUCAGCAGAAGCUACGUGUUUGCGUGGAUGAAAAGGGAUUUCCAAGAAGAAAUUUGGGGUCUGAAACUUCUCUUCCUCCACUUAGAUGUCAUCGCUGGUGAUCCUUAUAGCCGUAAACUGCUACAUGAUAUGGCCAAGAAGAAGCUACUUUGGAUAAAAGUAAAUGAUAUUAAUUACAUGAAGCUGUUACUGCCGCAUUUAAAUCUCAGUGAGCAGGAUUAUGCAAAACGCAGAGUAAAAAAUGAUGACAUCGUUACCUUAUAUCGGAGAUGGUCGGACAUGAAUAACACCGAUGAUCCCAACAUUGACAAUGUCGACACGGAAAUGGUCGACGACGAUGGCAAUACGAAGUUGCUAAUAGAAGCAGAGGAAGGUAAUGUGGAAGCUGUGGAACUUCACCUCUCCCCUUCAUCCGUGUGCUUUACAGAUAAAAAAGAGAACACUGCAUUGCACUUGAGCGCGAGGAAGGGACACACAAAUGUUGUGAAGCUUCUCAUUCCUUUUUAUACAUCAGUGGACGUGAUCAAUGUGAAUCGAGAAACGCCCAUGCAUGUCUGUGCCUCAAAGGGACACCUGGACGUUGUAAAGUUAUUAUUACUCCGCUCUAGGAUGAGUUCCCGUGACGAGUAUGGAUGGACACCUCUUCACUUGGCCUGCAUAAGUGAUGCCGUUGAUAUCGUGAACUUCCUUCUUCCCCACUCCUUCCCUAAUAUGCGCGACACUUGGGGUUCCACGUGCUGCGCUCUUUCCGCUGAAGGAAGGAAAAUGAAUGUUCUCAGAUGCCUCAUCCCUCACUCUCUUAUACACUGUCCUAAUUCAGUAGGCGAAUCACCAACGAAAACCUGUGCUGGAACAGGAAAGCUGGUGACAUUAUUGCCAUAUUCCUGUGAUUAUGACGUUGCGAGUUUAUUGACGCCUCUCCGGCUGCCAUUUAGUACGGACAAUAUCAGUAUGGGAAAGACAUCUUGUCUGAAACUGAUGGUUCUCCACUCAGAUGUCAGUGCAGUAGACGUGUGUUUUCGCGAAGCACUCUACGACAUUGCACAGUCUUAUGGAGAGAGUAAUCCACACCUGCUUCUAGGAGAGACUGAGAUAUCAUGUUACUUGGAUCAUAUUCCUCUCUUGUUUCCUCAUACAAAUGUUUCUGCUAAGGGCGACGAAGGCAAGAAACUAUUACAAGACGUCAUCGAAAGUAGUAAAGUUAGAUUGGUUCAGAAGGAGCGUAGCUUAGUUCAGAAGAGGUUCAGCUUCCGUCAGAUAUGGACUCGCUUGAGUGACUUUCAUUCAUGAUGCUGACGAUUGUUGGCAACGGUUGUGGUUAAGUACCAAGUGGCACCGAGUUGUCAGUGGACACGAGCUCUUAAGAGGAUAUGGCUGUUUUAAGAGGGGCAUCAACAGCAGUAUACUGAGUCCUUGCCUUCCUCCGUGAAAAAAAAAAGUAAAAAUAAAAAACUUUUGCAAUGGCCAUGGCUACUGCCUAUAUCUUUUUUUCCCUUGUUCAUGUUAUAGUGCUCUAGUCACCAGUUUCGCUACCAGGAAAGCUGGCUGGGUUAACUUUUUGAAGUAUGUUCUUUCCGUAGUAUUUAUUUUAAUUUAUCUUUGUAUUUAUUUAAACUAGAUUGUUAAGUUUGUUACCUUUGUUUGGCGCUGUAUGACGAAAGUUCCUUUGGUGCACUAAAAGCUGAAUCAUCAUUAUUAUUCUUUGUGUUACCAACCACUGUUCGGUAGAUAGUCCAGAAGACGAUUCGGAAAUGUGUAAACACAUUUUUUUAAAACUCCUAACGUGUUUAGUUAUAUGGUUAGCUAUUUUAUACAACAGUACCUGUGAUUCUGUUUAUAUCGUACACCCCACCUUUAGGGGAGAUAACUGUAAUACAGCGAUUGUGCCCCACAUUGUUUUCUUUAAAAACAAAAGAGUCGUGCAGUGCUACACCUUUUAGGGUGGUAAUGGCUUUUGUGACAAUGUUAGUCCAAAAAUGUGUGAAGUUCACCCUGUACCUGUCACCCUGACCCGCGUUCAACCCUGGACAUAUAUGGGUCCCGACUUUACCACCCUGGGUGUCAAAAUGUAUAUACCGAAAUGUCUAAAAAUGUAAAUAAAAUACAUUGUUCUUUCGCA